AGGUCAGCUACUGGAGGAACAGGAAUACCCCAUGCAAGCCAGGACCACUCCAGCUUCCCUGGGGCUGAAUUGCUGUCCCAACCUCCACAUUCCUUCACCUGUUCCAGGAUUUGCCUGAGGCUCCUUCUUCCCUGGCCCUCAACCUAGAGAGAACCCCUAAGCACCAGGAGGAGGGCCAGGGCCAAGGAACCGGAUGAGCCGUCAGUGUAUGGGGUGUGGAGUUGGGCCCCUGUGACGUGGACCUGUGUGAUCUUGUGUUUAUAUAGAUUGAUUCGGAGACAUUCUUUGCAACAGAGUCUCUACGUCUAUUUGCACGUCCAUGUACCUGGGACCAUGAGCAACUUCCCGUCCUGUCUGUGUGUUGUGUGGCUUUGGUUGAAUUGUGUGUCAUGGGGCUGUAAAGGGUUGGGCUCUGUCUCCACAGCCCCCUGGGGAGCAUUGGGAGGAGAGGGUGGGGAGAAAAGUUCUGAGGAGCGUGCCUCCAAGCUCUGAACUGGUCAGACAACUUUGGGAACCUGGAAUUAGAAGCCAAGAAGGGAGAGAAGAGGAUAGACCGACAGACGAAAGGGCUGGAGGCCAGACCGGCACACGGGCUGUGUCAUGAAGCUGCUGCCCAGCUGGAGAGCAAUGCUGCCCACAGGUCCUCGGGGCAGGGCCUGGCUGUGGACACAGAGACCCAGAAGAACUGCUCACAACAGUGCCGGAAAGAUGAGAGUCCAGGAGGACCCUGAGGGCCAGACACAGCAUGAAUCCCUGGACUCAGCAGCCACCAGGGACCCCCAGAUGUCCCUGCCCACAGAGUCCAAGUUUGACAUGUUGUACAAGAUCGAGGAUGUGCCACCUUGGUACCUGUGCAUCCUGCUGGGCUUCCAGCAUUAUCUGACAUGCUUCAGUGGCACCAUCGCUGUGCCCUUCCUCCUGGCUGAGGCGCUGUGUGUGGGCCGUGACCAGCAUAUGGUUAGCCAGCUCAUCGGCACCAUCUUCACAUGCGUGGGUAUCACCACCCUCAUCCAGACCACACUGGGCAUCCGGCUGCCGCUGUUCCAGGCCAGCGCCUUUGCGUUUCUGAUCCCAGCCAAAGCCAUCCUGGCCCUGGAGAGAUGGAAAUGCCCUCCGGAAGAGGAGAUCUACGGUAACUGGAGUCUGCCUCUGAACACCUCUCAUAUCUGGCACCCACGAAUACAAGAGGUCCAGGGUGCCAUCAUAGUGUCCAGCAUGGUGGAGGUGGUAAUUGGGAUGAUGGGAUUGCCUGGGGCCCUGCUCAGCUACAUCGGGCCUCUCACAGUCACCCCCACCGUCUCCCUCAUUGGCCUCUCUGUCUUCCAAGCUGCUGGUGACCGAGCUGGCUCCCACUGGGGCAUCUCAUCUUGCUCCAUUCUCCUGAUCAUCCUCUUCUCCCAGUACCUGCGCAACUUCACCUUCCUGCUGCCUGUCUACCGCUGGGGCAAGGGCCUCACUCUCUUCCGCAUCCAGAUCUUCAAGAUGUUUCCUAUCGUGCUGGCCAUCAUGAUUGUGUGGCUGCUCUGCUAUGUCCUGACCCUGACGGAUGUGCUGCCCACAGACUCAACAGCCUAUGGGUUCCAGGCACGAACGGACGCCCGUGGGGACAUCAUGGCUAUUGCACCCUGGGUCCGCAUCCCCUACCCCUGUCAGUGGGGCCUGCCCACAGUGACUGCAGCUGCUGUCCUGGGCAUGUUCAGUGCCACACUCGCGGGCAUCAUUGAGUCCAUCGGAGAUUACUAUGCUUGUGCCCGCCUGGCUGGUGCACCACCCCCUCCAGUACAUGCUAUCAACAGGGGCAUCUUCACUGAAGGCAUCUGCUGCAUUAUCGCGGGGCUACUGGGCACGGGUAACGGGUCCACAUCAUCCAGCCCCAACAUCGGAGUCCUGGGGAUUACCAAGGUGGGCAGCCGGCGCGUGGUGCAGUACGGCGCUGUCAUCAUGCUGGUCCUGGGCAGCAUCGGCAAGUUCACGGCCCUCUUCGCCUCGCUGCCCGACCCUAUCUUGGGGGGAAUGUUCUGCACUCUCUUCGGCAUGAUUACGGCCGUGGGACUGUCCAACCUGCAGUUCGUGGACAUGAACUCCUCUCGCAACCUCUUCGUGCUCGGCUUCUCCAUGUUCUUCGGGCUCACUCUGCCCAAUUAUCUGGAAUCCAACCCCGGCGCCAUCAACACAGGCAUCCCUGAAGUGGACCAGAUUCUGACCGUGCUGCUGACCACUGAAAUGUUUGUGGGAGGGUUCCUCGCUUUCAUACUGGAUAACACAGUGCCAGGGAGCCCACAGGAACGAGGUCUGAUACAGUGGAAAGCCGGGGCCCAUGCCAACAGUGAGAUGUCCACCAGCCUCAAGAGCUACGACUUCCCCAUUGGAAUGGGCAUGGUAAAAAGGAUUGCCUUUCUGAAAUACAUUCCUAUCUGCCCAGUCUUCAAAGGAUUUUCUUCAAGGUCAAAGCAGGAGCUUCCAGUUCCAGAUGACACACCAGAAAAUAUGGAAACUGGGUCUGUGUCCACCAAGGUCUGAAAUAUUACUUCCAGGCAAGGAAGCAUGGUAUAUAACAGGAAAAGAAAACUACAUGGGGAGUCAGAAGACCUAAAUCUGAAUCCCAGCUGGGCUCCUAACUUCCAAUGUAACCUUGGAUAAAUCAUCCUCUCUAAGAGUUUUUGUAUCAGUUAAAAGAAAAGGGGACUGGGUCACAGUCUCUAAGCACCUUAAAAUUAUUAUUCAGUGUCUCUGAAUCUUUGCUGUCCAAAGUAGAUGUUUCAGAGUAUGGGCAAGAAUAGCUGGAAAUUCUCCUCUACCACAUCUAGGACCGCAAGUUAAUAAAGAAGAAAAAGGGACAGAUUCCAAGCCCUGAAAUGUAGGUAUGCUGGCAGACUUUUAGACUGAAUCUGAUCCCUACACCAUUUACCUCAAGACCAAAGCAUAAAAUUAAACAACAUGUUGGAGCAAUGAUUUAAUUUUAGUUUCCUAAUUCAUACACAACCAUUUCCUUCAACAGGAUAUACUCUCUCUUCCCUCAAAGGAACUAUAUCUAUACUUUAAAAGUGUGAGGUUUAAAUAAAAAAGCAGCAUUCCUGAAUGUGCAACUUUUUACCAACCACAAAAGAAGCAAUUAAUCUCAAAAAGAUGUAGUGAAACAAACCAGGUUUUAUAUUAUGGAAUUGUACUGGGUAGAGAUUAAAUUUAUAUAUUAUUCUCAGCAUAAGCUUUGCUAAUCAGGAUAAUCAGGAUUAUUUGUGGAGUGACUAAUACCACCAUAAACAAGAACAGUCAUGUGCAGCUUCAUGUCCGCAACACGUUCUGUGAAACAGGACGGUUUGUGAUUUGGACAUUGUAUGAACACCAUAUUAUAUAGGCAGUCCCUGGGUUACAACCGUCUGACUUACGUACAGCCUGUAGUUAUAAACCAACCCCUGUAAAGCCUGUUGUAUGUAUAACCUUGUGGGACCAGACAUAUAUGUGGUCAUAUGUUAACAAAAGAGGUUAUGCAGCACAUGACUAUAUAUCACAAAACACUAUUCCGAUCACGUAUCAGCUCAACUGGGUUAUCAGCAUUUACUGUAACAAACGCUAUACACCAAAGUGUAAAUUUCAGUGUUUUCUAUACAGCCCUUUAAAAGGGUUUACAAAUACCUGACUGGGGCAGGCUAGCUAUAUAAUAAAUCCUCUGGGAGUGCUUUUUAAAAAUUAAUAUGCCUAGGAGACGGAUUCUGCAGGACUGGGGUGCAGCUUAGAAACUGAUUUUUUUUUUUUUUAGUGUUUCUAAGGUAAUUGUAAUGUAUGGUUACAUUAGGAAAUUGUUGCACAGUGACCAGGAGACAAUUAAAAAAAUACUUCAGAGUCCAGCGGGCAAAUUCUAGAGAACUAUCUUGUAGCAGCAACUAGAGACUGUAAACAUGGACGGAAAGAUUAACAUUCAGACUUAAAGAGAAAAUUUUGUUUGAUUUCAGAAAACUAUUAAUUUUAGUAAAGGAUAUAUCAGGUUCUAAUCCAGUGCUGAUGCUUAGUUAUCUUAAUUCCUGGAGAAACUUUUUACUGCAAAUAUACCAUCAGCAACGAGACACUGAGAAGAACUAAAACGCAAGUAGGUGUGUGUCCCUUUUCUGCCAAGAACUUGUGAAAGUCCUUAUUAAAUCGCAGUUCCAAAUGGAGUUAGGGUACCUCAACCAAAACCCUGGGUCAGGAAACCAAACCAAAAACCAAACCCGCUCCUGUCAAGUCGAUUCCGACUCACAGCACCCCUACAGGACAGAGCAGACUUGCCCUAUAGGGCUUCCAUGGAUCUGAACUGUUAACCUUUUGGUUAGCAGCUGAGCUCUUAACAACUGCGCCCACCAGGGCUCCUAGAUCUCCAAAAUCUUACCUUCCAGAUAAAAUUUUGCAAAUUUCACCAAAUGUCUAGGAUAGGAUUAAAGAGCAAAAUCUGUCCAACAAGCAACUUUUGUACAGUAUAGGUAAGCCACCUGAACAUACUGUACAUACUUCUUUGGUAUUAUUAAUUCUUUAAGACAUUUAAGUAGCCUUUUAGUAUCAAGACUAAAAGCUGUGGUCAGAAGUCUAUUUGGUCUAAGACUAGCUCCAGAGUAUUGCCAGAAGUCACUUCAUGUCAUAAGUAAGACUGGUGGAGGCCUCUGCUUCCAUUUUAAGAAGCAGCACAAAUUUCUGAAGGGGAAGAGAUGCAGAACUCUUCUUAAACAGAUGGUGGCUGGUUUUUCCACUUAUAGGAAAGAUGACUAGGUUUUAAAAAGAUGAAAAAUAACUUUUUACCA